AUGCCGAAUGCUGAUGGUUCCGCAUCUCAGACCACCACGAAGACAGACUUCUUGAUGAAGCCUGAUGAGAUUGAUGACAUUGAAGCCUUGGAGUUGCUCUACAACGAGCAGAUGAAGAAAGCGAAGUCCGUCGUUGAGGACUACAACUUGGUCCACGCAAAGCUCAAAUACAUUAAACAAGAAAAGGCGAAAGAGGAGCGCGAGGCCAAGAAGGCACAGAAGUUCCUUGAAAAACGGAUGGCAAAGAAGAAGGAGAUUGAGACCACCUUGACACUUAACAUCAAAAAUACCUCCGGCGAGACCUUCACCAUCAGCAUCACACCCAACAAGACCAUGAAGGAGUUGAAGUUGCUGAUUGUUGAGACCAUCAAAGUCCCGAAGAGCCACAUCAGGACGAUGAACCUUCGCUUCAAAGAGAACCCUAUGACGAAGGAUGAGAUCGGUCAUCAAAAAGGCGGUUUUGAAGAAGAAGCCCGGCACCUUGGUUCAGACACCGACCAGAACACCUUUCAGGUUGCCUUUGACAUUGCUAAGAAGCUGUCAGAGAAGUCCGACCUCUCGUUUGAUGAAAUGAUGAAGACGAUGAGCCCCUCCGAGCUGACAUCUUUGAAGAAGUAUCUUGACGACGACAAGGCACGCCUUGAAGACAAGUGCUUCAAAAUUGACGAGUUCUCUUCCGACUACAAGGCGAUUUCGGUUCUCAUCAACAAGUUGGAAGUG